AUGUCUGCACGCAUUGCUCGAUCUUCAAUGGCCUUGAGGCCCUCUCUCCCUAUCCAGCGAGGUUUCCGCACGACAAGAUUACUCCGUCACAAUGAGAAGGAACCUAUUGGACCCAAAUCUCAAGAUAAGCCCAUGAGUAAGGGUGGAAACUCGCAGAUUAUCAUGUUGGGAGGUGUUGGCCUCGCAAUCGGUGCAGGCUUCUUCUUCCUUAUGUCGCGACCCGAGAAAGCAAAGGAACAACCUAUCGAGGGUGUAAAAUCCAAGCCCGUGAGCCCCAAAUAA